AUGACAUCCAUUGACCCCAUUGGAGCAUUCUCUCACCUACAAAACAACCUGCCAGACUGGAUUUCUCGUGUCUCGAAACUGGCAGCCCACGCCUCAACCAAGCAUGCCGAGUAUAGUGCAGCAUAUCGACGCCAUGCAACUCAUAGAGCUCGCCGCCGAAAGAACAGUUCCAUCUGCUCUAUUCACACCACCGACGUCGAGCCAACUGCCCAACGCUCCUCUUCCACGAGAGGAACAAAUGUUACGGCGACGACCGCCGACAAUGAAACUCAUACGCCGUUGCAGACCGCUGGACGGAAGCGCAGUGCGGACGAGACAUCCUCAAUUGAUUCCGAUGCACGGUACGACUUGGUGAGCACCCGGCACAAUGCCAUCAUUGAGUAUGAUGGUCAUAUACAAAAAUCUCUCGAGGAGAUUGUGCGUGAUAUUGGGAUUGCUCGAAACCACAUGCGAAGAGCGAAAAUGUCCAUGGUGACGCGGGGGGCUUCUCGAUCCGGUUUCCGACACCAGACCUCUCUUGGGACUGGUCAGCCGGGUGAAAAUGCAGGCUCAUUGUCAUCGCUUUCUUUUGUGCGUAGCACGCGGGCCGGUAGUGGGCUGCUAUCUAUGAAUGGUUCCUCUGGUAUGGCCAAAGAAUCCUCGUUCGAUUUUGCCGAGAAGCAGUUGGAGCUUGCCCAUAGCCUGUGUGAGACGGCUGCGUACCAGGUCCUCCGAUCGGGUGACUGCGGUACAGAGCUUGACGGGGUUGAAGAAAAAUUCACAAUACUGCAGGAAAUGGCCGAAAGAGAGGUGAAGCGCCUCGAGGAGGAGAAAAAGCAACAGCAACAAGACGAAGAAGCCAACGCACAGUUGAAGCUACCAUCGGGAGCACUCGAAGAAGAUGCGCCGAUCAAACCGCUGACCCCGACCGCUGCACGGAUGGCUCGGUUGGCUGCCAUUGCUGCCAGGCCCGUCACGACUGCUCCUGACACCAUUGAGGUCGACGACGCCUCGUCCAUUUCCGUGGAAUCUAUUGAUCUGUCCGCGUUCCGAGCCUCGCGGAUUCGAAUUUGA